AGCAUAUUCUCAUACACCAGGAGCUGCAAAAGACAGAGCCUCCAGUGCUCCCUAUUAUGACUCUGUUUCGCAGAAAACAGCAGCGCAAUUUGGACGAGAUCGCGACACAGCCUUCAGUUUUCGACGACCCGGAGAAAGCAAAGUACUUCCAGCCAACUGAAAAGUAUGAGAACUUACAUCGGUUCGACCCGAACGCGAGAUGGACGUGGGCUGAGGAGUUGCCGCUCAUCAAUAAGCUUGACUGGAAGAUCACGUUGUGGGCGUGCAUUGCAUUCUUUGCCCUGGACCUUGACCGUGGAAACUUGUCACAAGCGAAUACGGACAAUUUCUUAGAGGACUUGGGCUUAUCCACGAAUGAUUAUAAUCUAGGAAACACCGUUUUCAAACUCGCAUUCUUGUGCGCUGAGCUCCCUUCACAGUUGGUGAGCAAGAAAGUAGGUCCUGAUCGGUGGAUACCCACAAUCAUGGUAUUAUGGUCUAUUGUGGCAGCCUCUCAGUUUUGGCUGAACAGCAGGGCAACUUUUUUUACAUGUCGUGUUCUACUUGGGUUAUUACAAGGCGGCUUCAUCCCGGACAUCGUUUUAUAUCUCUCUUACUUCUUUAAGGGAAGCGAACUACCCUUUCGCUUGGCUCUAUUUUGGACAACCCUCAAGGUAGUCGAUAUCGUUGCGCCCAUUCUUGCCUUUGGCAUCUUACGACUCCGUGGCCACCGUGGACAAGAAGGAUGGAGAUGGCUAUUCCUUAUUGAAGGGCUCUUUACCCUCUCUGUGGGCCUGUGGUCCUGGUUUAUGAUGGCACCAUCGCCUACACAGACCAAAGCAUGGUACCGACCCAAAGGCUGGUUCAACGAACGUGAAGAGGUCAUAAUGGUCAAUCGCAUAUUGAGGGAUGAUCCUUCCAAAGGCGACAUGCAUAACCGUCAAGCGGUCGACUUCAAAAGGUUAUGGAAAUCCUUAUGCGACUACGACCUUUGGCCGAUUUACAUUGCCGGACUUGUCUUCGGAAUCCCAGUUGGUCCUCCGGAUCAAUACCUAACGCUAACACUGCGAGGACUUGGAUUCGAUACGUUCAACUCUAACCUACUUUCGAUUCCUAGUCAAGUUUUGGGUAUCGUAACCAUGCUUACCCUGACCUACCUCUCCGAGAUGUGGAAUGAAAGGUCGUUGAUGGGCAUGUUUGCGCAGAUUUGGAUUCUUCCCAACAUCAUUGCCUUAGCUGUGAUACCGAGCAGCACUUCUCCAUGGGUGAGAUACGUUAUAGUGACGAUCUUACUCUCAUACCCAUAUCCCCAUGCUAUACAGGUCGGUUGGUGUAGCCGCAAUUCCAAUACCGUCAGGGCACGCACCGUCUCUGCUGCAGCCUACAACAUGUUCGUCCAGGUAUCUGGUAUUGCCUAUUCAAACAUCUACCGUGCCGAUGACAAACCUGAAUACCGCCGUGGAAAUAAGCAGCUCGUCGCAAUUUGCGCUGCGAACAUAGUCAUAUAUGGACUUAUAAAAGUCUAUUACAUAUACCGUAACAAGCAGAGGGAUAGGGAUUGGAAUGCGAUGAGCCGUGAGGAGCAAAUACGUUAUCUAGAAACUACGACAGACCAAGGAAGUAAAAGAAAAGACUUUAGAUUCGCCCAUUGACGGAAGCUACGGAAAUACUGUCUCAGCCCACUCAUUAGAUGGGAGAUACAUGGAGAAGAGGCUGAUUGUACCAUGCCGAAAUACAUCACUAGAAAGAAACAAGAUCUAUUAAACAUUACCACAAGACCAUGCCUCAGAAGAU